GAAUAGCUUACACAUGAAUAACGGCAUGACAGACAAAAUGGACGUCAAUGUCGAAAUCUGAAAAAAAAGAAAACGUUCUACACUUUUAAGCGUCUGGAACUUAAUCAAUGAAAUAGUUUUUCUCCAUCAACAUGUCUUGUACAGCUUUUUGCGCUUGUAAUAUUCUCAGACGCACAAACAAUGUUGUGAACUAUAACCAAACAUUUGUGAGGUUCAGAAAACCAAGAUGGGUACCAAAGGCUCCAAGUAAAAUUUUCAAAGUGAGAGAACCAACACCACUCGAUCCAGUUGAAAAUGAGAAAAUGACAGAAUGGUUAAAUAGAUAUAACACAGCUAGGAAAUCAAUAUUGAUGUAUCUGCAAACACAUAGUGAGCUGAUCAAGGCGAGGAAGAAGGAAAUCAUAGAAAAAACAACAUUUUCAAAUGAACAGUUGUUUUAUAUGAUGGAAGUUAGAAAUCGUGUGUGGAAUGCUAAAACUGCUGUAAUCAGAGAAAAUGAUGUAAGAAGAAGAAAUGCUGAACUUGCGAUUCGUGAUAAAGCAUUUGCGGACAGAGAUGAAAGGGAACUGUCUGCAAUACAAGAAAUGGCAAAACAGAAAGUAGUUCAAGCAAAGGAUUGGAAAGAUAAUUAUGUUACAGAGAAGAACAUGGAUGAUGCAUUGGAAGAGCUGUUAAACUCUCGUGUUCAUUAUGACUUUGCAUUAAAUCCAGAUGGAACAAAAACAACUGAUCCUGUUCAAACUGAAGCUGAACAAAAAAAAUCUAGCUAGAAGGAAAAUCAGAUUGGAAACUUUUGCAGCUUUAAUGUUUUAUUUAACAAAAUUGAAUUUUACAAUUGCAUACAAUAUGUAAUAAAUUGAAAUACAAUUAUUGAGUUGCCAUUCAAUUUUAAUGAGAUUCAAAAGGCAAAACGAUGAAGUGGAGGAAAAUUAUUUUUCUAUAUUUUAUGUGUAUAUGUUGUUGAAAGAAUUUGUAAAUGUCAUCACAGAUAACUGUUGGAAUAUAGAUGAUCAUAAUGGA